CUUUCAUUUUCUCCUACGAUUCGAACGGACACGGCGGCUUUACACAAUUCACGCGCGUCGUUCGAGGAGGGAUUUGUUUGAGAUGGGUUUCUUGAAUGCGGCUGUCACGCAUAUAGCGCCGAUUUUCAUCGCAACCAGCCCAAUCACCAGCUAUGCCGACCAAAUCUACUCGAUCCACCGGGCGCGCACAUCCGCCGGCUUCUCCCUCGACAUACCGCUCAUCAUGCUCGUGAGCAGCAUCCUCAAAGUAUUCUACUGGUUCGGCGCCCACUACAGCACCUCUCUCCUCCUCCAAUCCCUCCUCAUGAUCACCGUCCACCUCCUCCUCCUACACAUCGCUUUAACCCACCGCCCGCCCCUCCCGCACCCCUCGACCACCCCCUUCGCGCACACCACUGCCCCCGCCCGCCGCCCCUACGACUUCUGGCAAUGGCGCAGCACGCGCCCCUACUGGACAUUUCUAUCCUACUUCGCCCUGACCUUACUCGUCCUGCACAUCCUCAUCUCCCCCUCUUCCGAACCCGUCUUCAAAGCCUACGCCAAUCUACUAGGCUACAUAGCCCUCGCCAUCGAAGCCACGCUGCCCAUCCCGCAACUCCUCGCUAAUUAUCGCCGGCGCGGAUGCAAGGGGUUCAGGUUGUCCGUCGUCGUGAAUUGGAUCCUGGGCGAUACGUUCAAGAUGUGGUUCUUUUUCGCGAGCGGCAGCGGCGAGGGCGGUGUACCCCUCGCGUUUAAGAUCUGUGGCGUGUUUCAGGCCUUGUGCGAUUUGGGCCUUGGAAUGCAGUUUUGGAUUUGGGGCGAUGGGCCGGGCGAGGUGGUGGGUGUUGUGGGGCGUGCGGGAUUUGCGGGCGCGGAUGCGUAUGCGAGGGAGAAGGCCGUCUUGAGUCCCGUUGUUGAGGAGGGGGAUUUUGUUGGACUUGGCCGUGAACUUGGCCAUGGGCUUGGAUUGGCGAGGGAGUACGAGAUGGGCAUACUGAAGAGCGGGGCCGAGCUCGGGGAGAAGGGGUAUGCGGUUGAUGUGCGGCACGGUGCGCUGUAGAAUUAAUUGAGUAGGAGGGAGGGGAUGGGAGGUUCUUCUCGAGAUAUGUGGAGACGAGAUUUCUGGCAUGAUUGUACGCAUACGCAUACGCAUACGCAUACGCAUACGCAUACGCAUACGCAUACGCAUGAGCAUAUAGACUUUUAGCGUGUUAAUAAUGAACAAAACACUUGAUGACUG